AUGCAGCCUGAUAACAGCCAUAAAGUGGAGCUAACCGAUUCACUCGAUGGGGUGAAGAGUUUCCACCAGCGGAAGAUAAGGCCGUUCUUGGAAGAAACUCCCACAACAGAAAUGAUUUUGAAGCACAGACCGCAAAAGAGCAAAGCCCCGAGAUCGAGCAAAAACCAACUAAGACAAUUGGCAGGUGAUAUCUAUGAACAUGGACACCUGGACAAGGAAAUCGGUGCAGAGCGGCUAUGCCCACGGCGAGGAGCUGAUACCAAGCUCCUGAUGGUGGUCACUUCAGCGCCAGGAAAUGCUCAGGCGAGACUUACCAUUCGGCAGACUUGGGGCUCCUAUGCCAAUCGCCGGGACAUUGGAAUGGCCUUUAUUUUGGGCAGGCGAGAGAAUGCAUCCAUUGGCCAGGCUCUUAGCCGGGAGAAUUUCCUUUACGGUGAUCUAAUACGCGGCAAUUCGAUUGAUUCCGUGAAUAAUCUCACCCUCAAGACGAUAUCCCUGCUGGAAUGGGUUGAUCUACACUGCCAAAAGGCCAAAUAUGUCCUCAAAACGGACGACGACAUGUUUAUCAAUGUGCCCAGGAUGUUGGCCUUCCUUGAGACUCGCCAGAAUCAGCGACGAGUGAUAUACGGCAUUUUAGCUGAGGGCUUUAAACCAAUCCGUAACAGAUUUCAAAAAUACUAUGUGCCAAGGCACCAGUUUGCAGAAAAUAUGUGUCCUCCCUUUACCAUCGGUUCGGGUUAUGUGAUCAGCGGAGAUAUCAUUCACGAGUUAUUCCAGCGAUCCUUGGCAACCUUUUAUUUGCAACUCGAGGAUGUUUUUACCACUGGCCUUGUAGCAAGCAGCUUGGGUGUGCAACGUGUCCGGGCGAAGGGGUUCAUAAAUAAACGGCAUGAUUACAAUGCCUGCAACGUGCGCAAUGCCAUUACAUUGCACAAAAUCAAGCCCCACGAACAGUUUGACCUGUGGCAGAAGCUUCUGAAUACGGAUAUAAAGUGUUAA